UCCUGUCUACGCAAGCGCAGUUUCUCCGACUUUUCUUUGUUCCGGAAUACCCCUACCCAAUUAUGGCAAUUUUAGAGUGGAUAUCGAUGAAUCUUGACGACCUAAAUGAAUACAACGUUCGCGAUUCUCUCGUCCUUCCUUAUGGAGUGUAAGUCUCUUCUUAUUUUUUCUUAGACGCUGUUUACAGGUGACUUCCUCUUUACGUAAUCGCAGUCAAGCAGACCUUUCUUUGUUCUUAUUUAGGCUGUUUCGUGAUAACUUCAUGUUUACGCAAGCCCACUUUCUCCAACUUUUCUUUGUUCCUGAAUACCUCUACCACCUCUCACACCCAUUACCCUAUAAAACCCACUUUCGUGACAAUCGAAAUGAUCGAAGCAAGCAGCGAAUACAAGCUUGGAACCAUGUAUGAAGGCUUGGAGCCCACUCGCCCACAGUUCACUGCCGGUGAAAAGCAGGCGAUUUGUCUUUCUUGUGAAAUCCUGGAACGAGCAUGGAGCGAGACGCGCAAUAUUUCAAAUAACAAUGAUACUACUUAUUUUCGUCGGAGUGAGAACGAAGGUGUAGUGUUUAUCACAUUCCCUUCGCGUUUUAUAGGAGAUUUCACUGCCGGUGAUAGCCCAUAUGAACAGUGCGAUAUACAGAGUGAGAACAAAGUCUUCUCUGCCAGCCUUAAGGGUGAUGAUGAUCAGCCGGCUCUUGUUCACAAAGGAUCUCUCACUAUGUUCUUGAACAUUCUGAGAAACUCAGACUUGGAAACCCAGAUGAACACAUUUGCGAAGCAGAGGAAGGAACAAACCAUUAUAUUUGUUGGCCAUUCUAUAGGAGGUGCAAUUGCAACUCUUUCUACAAUUUGGGUUCUGGAAAAAAGGCUGAGACAAAUUUCUGCUAACUGCAUUACAUUUGGUUCUCCUUUGGUCGGAGAUACUGUUCUUAUGGAAUCAAUUGAUCGCCAAGAUUGGUCUGGAAAUUUUUAUCAUGUGGUUUCCAAACAUGAUAUUGUUCCGCGGAUGCUCCUUGCACCUUUUGAAUCAAUUGGACAGCAUUUGAAUUCAAUUUUUCCUCAGAGAGGGAGCAUAAUAGGCAAUGAUUCUAUUAAUAUAAUGCAUCCUUCUACUCUAGAGGUUUGCAGGAAACUUCUUCACAAUGUCAAGUGCCUUGGAGAAGAAUCUAGCCCGUAUAAACCCAUUGGGACUUACAUGUUCUGCUCAAUCUAUGGCGCAUCUUGUAUUGAGGACCCUCAAGCUGUCUUGAAGAUGCUAAUUUUAACUUUGCAAAACACAGAAGAAAAUGGCAUUGUAGAUGAAAAUGGUAUUGGAGCUGCAUUCAUUUCAGAGCACAUAAGUUAUGGUGAUAAGUUGAAACAUGUUAUUGAAAGUGGAUACUCAACAAGGACUGCAAACAUCGUCUCAGAAUCCUCCAUUGAGAUAGGAAUAGCACUGCAAUUAAAAGCAAUGGGCUUUCAGAUUCAGAAUAAUUCUGCAUUUGAAGCCCUGAAAGAAGCUGAAGAUUUGAAAAACAAGCAUGACAUGGACAAUGAGAACCUGAAUAAGGAGUUGAGCAAGGGCCAAAGUAAAAUGGCAGAGUUGGAAUGGUAUAUUAAAAAAGUGUAUGAGGGCAACAGCCGAAGCUCCUACGAUGUUUUCAGAGACCUAGACGAAAAGAGAGAUUUUCAUGUCAAUAAGAUUAGGAUAUCCCUGCAGAUUUUCUGGGAUGACAUUAUUGAGAAAGUGAAGAAUCAUGAAUUGCCCACUAAUUUUCGAUUCCUGAACAAAUGGAUCAAUGCUGGCACUGCAUACAGAAAACUCGUAGAGCCUUUGGACAUUGCAGACGUCUAUCGCCUGCACAGCAACAAAGGAAGCUAUCUCUCAAUUGGGAACAGGCACAUCCGUCAUAUGGUUCUGGAGAAGUGGCUGAAUGAUAAAAACCAAACUCGCACAGGUAGAGCUGGGAAGCCUCGCACAGUAUUUGCAUCCUUAACUGAGGACUCUUGUUUUUGGGCUCACGUAGAAGAAGCUGGUAAAGACUUGACAAAUCUCCAGCAAGAGCAAGAGCAAUAUCAGGUUAUCAAUGCCAAUCUCAAGGAAAGCCUGGAAAAUUUUGAAGUUUAUGUGUCGAAGAUGAUCGAGGAGAAAAGUAUUUCCAAGGAGGUUUUCUUGGAACAGAGCAGCUUCAUGAUAUGGUGGAAAAAGUACAAACAGUUUCAACUACAAAACCCAGAAUGGAUAUCAAACUCCCCUUUGCUCAGAUCCAUGGAAAAUCUGAAUUUAGCGGUUUAGAAGACAGGUUUUGUUACGAGUUGUUUAUUUCCAUUGCCUUUUCACCUGCUUCAAAAGUUAUUUCCCUUUGCUUGAAAUGCUAUUUUCCUUCUGAAUUUGCAUAAACCUGUGUUUGCAAAGUUGUCUUUCUUUUCAAUGUAAAUAAGACUAUGUUAUAUUCCAAAUAAUGAGAGUUCUAUUUGAUGCACGUAAAUAAAAGAUUGUAUAUCAUUUACAAGA